AUAGCUGAUGCUGAAGUAAAUACGGCAGAAGGACCGAAAAAAUUUGUAUUGUAGCAAAGUUUAAACGUUCACAAAAACAAGAACACCACCACCACCACCACCACCGCCACCACCACCACCACCGCCACCACCACCACUGCCACUGCUACUACUACUACUACUACUACUACUACUGCAACUGGAGAAGUGCCUUCUGCGGCGACAACUUCAAGGAAAGCAUUGCGAGAAAAGAGGGGAAAAAAAACUACACGUACAUACACACAGACACACACACACAUGCGGAUUAAGAGAAACGUGCGACGAGUUACGGAGAGAGAAAGGAAGGACGGAAAGGAAGGAAGGAAGGAAGGAAAUGAAGGAAGGAAGGAAGGAAGGAAUGGACACAGUGUAAGAGGAAAAGAAAGAGUGAGAGAGAGAGGGAAAGAUAACAAGGUGGAGAUAAAGAGGCUGAUGGAGUCCUAGCAAGUUAGUAAGAUUGGUAGAUAGAGAAAGAAAGAAAGAAAGAAAGAAAGAAAGAAAGAAAGAAAGAAAGAAAGAAAGAAAGAAAGAAAGAAAGAACGUGAAUGAAGGUAGAAACUGAGAGAGAAAGGGUAAUAUAUAUAUAUAUAUAUACAUAUAUAUAUGGAUAGAGAGAGAGAGAGGGGGUGAGAGAGACACAUAUAGAGAGAGGAAGUGAGUGAGAAGAGAAAGGGAGAUGUGGACGGGUGACGAAGGGGCAGAUAAGAAGUAAGAAGUGUGUGAGAAAGAAAGAAGGAAAGAAAGUGAGCGAGUGUGAAGGACAAUUAGACAGACAUAAAAUGAGACAGACUUGGGAAAGAGAUUGAGACGGAACGAGAGUGAGGAAGGAAUUUAGAGUGGGACAGAGCAAUCCAGAAAGUGAGAGAGAUAAAAGAAGAUAUAUAUAUAUAUAUAUGUAGAUAUAUAUAUAUAUAUAUAAUACAUACAGAGAUAAGAAGAAAAAAAAGCAGAGUGAGAGAGUGUGAGUGAGAAGAAAAGUCGAAGGAGAGGGGCUCAGUAAAAGCUAGAGUGGGACAGAGAGAGAGAGACAGACAGACAGACAAGACAGACAGACAGACAGACAGACAGAACGAGAGAGAGAGAGAGAGAGAGAGAGAGAGACCCUUGGGAGUGCUUGGGUAAGCUAGAGUGAGACAGACAGACUGUGAGCGCAGAUUGCGAGAGAGACGAAGAGAGACAGAGAGCUAGAGAGGGCCAUUAAGAGCUAUAGCGAAGUAGAGAGGUUCCGAGAUAACCAAAGUGAGUGAGAAAGACAGAGGGUGUGAGAGAGAGGAGAGGGAGCCAUAUUACGACAGAGAGAACCAGGUAGAGGAGACAAGGAGAGUUAGCGAGCGAGAGAACGAGAUUCGGUUCAUUGAAUAUGGCGCAGAACAGCAGCGAGUCCCACCUACGUGUACAUAUCCGAGUAUUGUACGCUCUUAUAUGUACAUUGAUUGUCGUUAUCUUUGCCGGCCUAUGGAUUACACACAACCAGGUAAAACAUCUGAGAGAGGAGAGAAGAACCAGGGAAAUUCUAGCAAAAAGAGAAGUGAUCGAAUUCCGUAUAGUUGAAGAUGAAGGGAGCGACAGCGUCAAAAUUGAACCGAUAUCAACCACGAAAAGAUAUACUUUGGUAAACCCAGAUAAGGACAGCGAUUACACUUACAACAGCAAUGAUAAAAAAAGCAACAGGAAUGUCAACAAUGAGAGCAAUAAGUAUGAUGGUGAUGAUAAUAAUAAUGAUGAUGAUAAUAAUAGUAAUAAUAACAACAACAAAAAUAGUAAUAAUGACAACAUGUACCAACAUAGAAAAAGAAAACAUAACAAUACUUCACAGGUAGUUGGUUUCUUUGAAUCUGAAUUGGAUAGCGUGUCGGAUGGAGGUGAUAAAAGUGACACGGUGACAAACCGCCGUAAACGUCAAGUUGAUAUGGGCACCGACAGAGGAGACACAGAUUUACCUGACUAUGUCUGGCUUACGUCUUACUCAAGAAUUCCAGUUAACACACUCAAUAAAUUCUGUCGAACUACCAAAGAUUAUUGUGAACCUCUAAAAGUUGGUGCCCCUGGUACACCAGGUCAGCCUGGUCGACCUGGAAGGCAAGGUGCCAAAGGAGACAAGGGUGAUUUGGGACAACGUGGCCAACCAGGUCUUACAGGUAAGAUAUCUUUACAUAUGUUACGUUUGUAUAUUAAUGUCAGCUAUAAUAAUUAUAUUAGCCACAAUGUAGAAAUCAAUGUUGGUUGGUGCAGACCUAUGAUCAAAGAAGUCUUUUGA